GGUUUAAAUUGUAGACCCAAAAAAUUGAUAACAUUUUAUUGUGGUGGUUGUCGUAAUGAUGGGACUUUUGGGGGCAGGGUUGCUGUUGGCCGCAAUCUCAUAUGCGGAGUGCCAGUUAGUUGUCGAUCUUCCGAAUGGAAAAAUUGAAGGGUUCCAACAAACCACGUAUACGAAAAAAGUAUACAAUGCUUACCAAGGUAUUCCUUUUGCUCAACCUCCCGUUGGAAAUCUUCGUUUCCAGGCUCCCCAGCCAGCGAAAAAUUGGUCCGGAACGCUAGAGACCAAAGCUUACAGUGAUUACUGUUACAAUAUGGAUUCGGAUGCACCUGAAGAAAAUGAAGAUUGUUUAUAUUUGAACGUUUUCACUCCCAUCCUUAACGCUGAUCAAAAUACGACCAAGUUGCCGGUAGUGUUCAGCAUUUAUGGAGGAGGAUUCAGAAACGGAAAGGCAGGAAUUUCACCACGAUACUGGAUCGACAAUGACAUAGUGCUGGUUUCGCACAACUAUCGGAUAGCAGCAUUUGGGUUCCUCGCUACCGGAGAUACAGUCGUUCCGGGAAAUGCCGGCCUCAAAGACCAAAACCUUGCCCUGCAGUGGACCUACGACAAUAUCCAUCUCUUCGGCGGUGACCGUGAUCGGAUCACUAUCAUGGGCCAAAGCGCUGGAGGAGCAUCCGUCGGCUAUCAUCUUUUGAGCCCCAAAUCUAGAGGUCUUUUCCGGGCAGGCAUAGCUGAAAGCGGCUCGCCAUUGAACACCUGGACCUAUCUAGAAGAUCCAUUGGACUACGCCUUUGAAUUAGCUCAAACUAUAAAUAGCUCGAUCCCGUCGGAUCUAACUAGCGCCCAGCUCUUGGAUUUCUUACAAAGCGUGGACGCCAAAGCCAUCGACAAUGCUCAGGCCAUCAUUAAAACACGACCUGUGAUAUUCACCGAGCCGGAACACGACGGGGCUUUCAUCACAAAACCGAUGUACGAGUCGUUCGAAAGUGGAGAUUAUACCAAAGUUCCCCUCAUUCUUGGCGUCAACUCCGAGGAAAGAAUAACCAUCAUUUCAGACCUGGACAGCGUUGCCAAAUCGGCGGCGCAACGCGACGCCGAUCCUUCGAAAGUGUUGCCGGAUACUUACCACUUGAAGAGCGGAGUGGAUAAGAACGAAGCUGCCGACAUCAUUUACAAGGCUUACGCGGGAGACGCAAAACUGGCGGACCAUUUGGGCAAAUAUGUCAAGUGGGAGAGCGACAACAGAUUCACGAGAGGCGUGAUCAAGCAGGGUCUUUUGAUGUCCAAUUACAGCCCCGUUUACUUUUAUCAAUUUUCCUACGAUGGCGUCAUCGGAGGAUUCAAUCUUACCAUAGCUGAGGCGGACAGAGUUAGCCACGGCGAGGAGCAGAAUUAUCUGUCCACCCCAGGGGCAGUUGGAGAUCUAGAUUCCGGCGACGCUCUAACCCACAACAGGAUGAUCCAGAUGUGGACCGACUUCAUAAAAAAAUUGAACCCCACUCCGGCAAAAUUAGAACUCCUGCAGAACCUCAUCUGGCCUCAGGUAGCUCCAGACUCCUACCAAUAUCUGAACAUUAACGACACGCUCAAGAUAGAAAACACCCCGAAGGCUGAGCAAUUCCUGGCAUGGCAGAACCUCUUCGACACUUACAUGCAAAGACCGUUCACGACGUAUUGAGGCGGACAUUGUUAUUUUGUUGUAAUUUUCGAUAACUCUCAAUAAAAAUACAAC